AUGGGGGCCGCGCCGGGCCUCCCGGGGCCGCUCGUGACGCUCCUGCUGCUGCCGCUGCUGCUGCUCCCGCCGCCCGCCGCGCCGACGCUCGAACCCUCGCUGCUGCUGCAGCCGGGAAACUUUUCCAGGGAUGAGGCCGGGGCGCAGCAAUUUGCGCAAAGCUUCAACUCAAGUGCUGAAGAGAUACAUUUCCAGGACACAGAGGCCAGCUGGGCGUAUGAAACCAACAUCACCAGGGAGAAUGCACAGCGCCAGGAGGAGGCAGCCCUGCUCAGCCAGGAAUUCACUGAGACCUGGGGCCACAAGGCCAAGGAACUAUUUGACGACAUCUGGCAGAACUUCACUGACCCCAAGCUCCGCAGGGUCAUCAGCUCUGUCCGCAUCCUGGGCCCUGCCAAUCUGCCUCUAGCCAAGCGGCAGCAGUACAACUCUCUGCUGAACAACAUGAGCCGGAUUUACUCCACCGCCAAGGUCUGCUUCCCCAACAAGACUGCCACCUGCUGGUCCCUGGACCCAGAGCUCACCCACAUCCUGGCCUCCUCUCGGAGCUACUCCAAGUUGCUGUUUGCCUGGGAGGGCUGGCACGAUGCUGCGGGCAUCCCACUGAAACCCCUGUACCAAGAGGUCAUGGCCCUUAGCAAUGAGGCCUACCAGCAGGACGGCUUCUCCGACACAGGGGCCUACUGGCGCUCGUCGUAUGAAUCACCCACCUUUGUGGAGGACCUGGAGAACCUGUACCAUCAGUUAGAGCCCCUCUACCUGAACCUGCAUGCCUAUGUCCGCCGAGCACUGUACCGCCGAUAUGGGGGAAACUUCGUCAACCUUAGGGGACCCAUUCCUGCUCACCUGCUGGGGAACAUGUGGGCCCAGAGCUGGGAAAACCUCUAUGACAUGGUGGUGCCUUUCCCAAACAAGCCCAACCUUGAUGUCACUAGCACUAUGGUGCAGAAGGGUUGGAAUGCUACCCACAUGUUCCGGGUGUCAGAAGAGUUCUUCACCUCCCUGGGGCUCUUACCCAUGCCCCCCGAGUUCUGGGCAAAGUCCAUGCUGGAGAAACCAAGUGAUGGGCGGGAGGUGGUGUGCCACGCCUCUGCUUGGGACUUCUACAACAGGAAGGACUUCAGGAUCAAGCAGUGCACACGGGUCACGAUGGAUCAGCUGACCACGGUGCACCACGAGAUGGGCCACGUGCAGUACUACCUGCAGUACAAGGAGCAGCCUGUGUCCCUGCGCAAGGGAGCCAACCCCGGCUUCCACGAGGCCAUUGGGGAUGUGCUGGCACUCUCGGUCUCCACCCCUGCACAUCUGCACAAAAUUGGCCUUCUGGACCAAGACACCAAUGACACAGAGAGUGAAAUCAAUUACCUGCUAAAGAUGGCACUGGAAAAAAUUGCCUUCCUGCCCUUUGGUUACUUAGUGGACCAGUGGCGCUGGGGGGUCUUUAGUGGGCGCACCCCCCCUUCCCGCUACAACUUUGACUGGUGGUACCUCCGAACAAAGUACCAGGGCGUCUGCCCUCCAAUUGUCCGGAACGAAACCCACUUUGAUGCUGGAGCUAAAUUUCAUGUCCCAAACAUGACCCCGUACAUCAGGUACUUUGUGAGUUUCGUGCUGCAGUUCCAGUUCCAUCAAGCUCUGUGCAAGGAGGCAAAUCACCAGGGCCCACUGCACCGAUGUGACAUCUACCAGUCCACUCAGGCAGGGAAAAAGCUCCAAGAUCUGCUCCAGGCAGGCUCCUCAAGGCCCUGGCAGGAGCUGCUGAAGGACAUGAUCGGCUCAGACAUGCUGGACACCAAGCCACUGCUCGACUACUUCCAGCCACUCACCCAGUGGCUUCAGGAGCAGAACAAGCGCAAUGGCGAGGUCCUAGGCUGGCCAGAAAACCAGUGGCGCCCGCCAGUGCCUAACAAUUACCCAGAGUCCAUUGAACUGGUGACAGAUGAGGCUGAGGCCUGGAAGUUUGUGGAGGAAUAUGACAGGACAGCCAAGGUCGUGUGGAACGAAUAUGCAGAGGCCAACUGGAACUACAACACCAACAUCACCACAGAGACCAGCAAGAUUCUGCUGGAAAAGAACAUGGAGAUGGCAAACCACAGCCUGAAGUAUGGCAUCUGGGCCAAGAAGUUUGAUGUGAGCAAUUUCCAGAACACCACCAUCAAGCGGAUCAUAAAAAAGGCUCAGGACCUGGGACAGGCGGUGCUGCCCGUCAAGGAUCUGGAGGAGUACAAUCAGAUCCUGCUGGAUAUGGAGACCUCUUACAGCGUCGCCUCUGUGUGCCACCCAAACGGCACUUGUCUCGAGCUAGAGCCUGAUCUGACGAAGCUCAUGGCCACAUCCCGGAACUACGAAGAACUGUUAUGGGCUUGGGAGGGUUGGCGAAACAAAGUGGGCAGAUCCAUCCUCCCUUCUUACCCCAAAUACGUGGAACUCAGUAACAAGGCUGCAAAGCUCAAUGGUUACAAAGACACAGGGGACUCGUGGCGUUCCACGUACGAGACGCCAUCGCUGGAACAGGACCUGGAGCAGCUCUUCCAGGAGCUGCAGCCGCUCUACCUGAACCUGCAUGCCUACGUGCGCCGUGCCUUGCACCGCCACUACGGGCCUGAGUACAUCAACCUGGAGGGCCCCAUCCCUGCGCACCUGCUGGGGAACAUGUGGGCCCAGACCUGGACCAACAUCUAUGAUCUGGUAGUGCCCUUCCCGUCAGCCCCCAAGCUGGAUGCCACUGAGGCCAUGAUAAAGCAGGGCUGGACACCCAAAAAAAUGUUUGAGGAAGCGGAUAAUUUCUUCACCUCCCUGGGACUGCUGCCUUUGCCCCCCGAAUUCUGGAACAAGUCGAUGCUGGAGAAGCCAACAGAUGGGCGGGAGGUUGUUUGUCAUGCCUCUGCCUGGGACUUCUACAAUGGCAAGGACUUCAGAAUCAAACAGUGCACCACUGUGAACAUGGAGGAUCUGGUGGUGACCCACCACGAAAUGGGCCACAUACAAUACUUCAUGCAGUACAAGGACUUACCUGUGAGCUUACGGGAAGGUGCCAACCCUGGCUUUCAUGAGGCCAUUGGGGACGUGCUGGCUCUCUCAGUGUCUACCCCUCGCCAUCUACAAACCAUCAACCUGCUGAGCAGCGAGGGCAGUGGCUAUGAGCACGACAUCAACUUUCUAAUGCAGAUGGCACUAGACAAGAUCACCUUCAUCCCCUUCAGCUACCUUGUGGAUGAGUGGCGCUGGAGGGUAUUUGAUGGCAGCAUCACCAAGGAGAACUACAACCAGGAGUGGUGGAGCCUCAGGCUGAAGUACCAAGGUCUCUGCCCCCCAGUGCCCAGGUCUCAAGAUGACUUUGACCCAGGGGCCAAGUUCCACAUUCCUUCAAGUGUGCCUUACAUCAGGUACUUCAUCAGCUUCGUGAUCCAAUUCCAGUUCCAUGAGGCACUGUGCCAGGCAGCUGGUCACCAGGGCCCCCUGCACACGUGUGACAUCUACCGGUCAAAGGAAGCAGGGAAGCGCCUGGCGGACGCCAUGAAGCUCGGCUACAGUAAGUCGUGGCCAGAAGCCAUGAAGUUGAUCACAGGGCAGCCCAACAUGUCCGCGUCCGCCAUGAUGAACUACUUCAAGCCACUCAUGGACUGGCUCCUCACCGAGAACUGGCGGCAUGGGGAGAAGCUAGGCUGGCCCCAGUACAACUGGACGCCCAACUCCGCUCGCUCCGAAGCGGCCUCCUCCACCGGCAGCGGCCGCGUCAACUUCCUGGGCCUGGACCUAGAGCCGUACCAGGCCCGCGUGGGCCAGUGGAUGCUGCUCUUUCUGGGUAUUGCCUUGCUGGUGGCCACCUUGGGUCUGACCCAGCGUCUCUUCAGCAUCCGCCGCCAUGGACUCCACCGGCCACACCGAGGACCCCAGUUCGGCUCUGAGGUGGAGCUGAGACACUCCUGA